AUGGACAGUGGAAUCAAGUACAGCCACCCUUCAUUCGACGAUCAGCAGAUGUCUCCGCAUCCCCAACCACCCAUAUGGAAAGGAACAUGCUACUGGAGCCAAGGCGGAUGCAACAAGAAGAUCAUCAGUGCUGUCGGUUUCCAUCAAGGACGAAUAGUUUCGCCGUUGGACACCAGAGGGCAUGGGACCCACACGGCAAGCACAGCUGCCGGGAGCUUCGUUGAUGACGCCAAUGCCGUCGGUCAUGCAAAGGGCACGGCUUCCGGGUUAGCUCCAGGAGCUCAUCUCGCAGUCUACAGAGUCACGCCCGGGACUUCUGCAGAUAUUCUCAAAGGUAUAGACCAAGCUAUCCAUGAUCAGGGGGGAAACGCGGGGCCUCUAGCGAACCAAGUCGACGGAGCUCCAUGGAUUCUAAUGGUCGGAUCGAGCGUCAUGGACAGAAGGGUAAGAUCGAUAGUAGAGCUCGGAGAUGGCCGAGAAUUCUAUGGGGAAUCGGCUUAUCAGCCAGAUAACUUCCCUCCCACUCAGUUUCCUUUGAUUUAUCCAUACGGCGUCCUGAAAUCUGAGGAUUCGAGGAAAUGCCAUGGCAACGCUCUAAAAUUGAUCGACAUCACAGGUAAGAUUGUGCUGUGUGGAGCCAAUACGGAUUAUAAAAAGAAUGUGGAAGCCAGCGAUGAGGUUAAAAAGGCCGGUGGCAUCGCCAUUAUAGUCCUGAGCCAGGCGGGGAUGGGGAAUCGAACGGACGCCGAUGCUUUUCUCCAUCCAGCUUCUCGUGUUACCUACAACGACUCAAAAGAAAUUAUGACGUAUUUCAAACAGGAAUCAAAUCCUACUGCAGCGAUGAAGUUCGACGGAACGCAAUUUGGAGGUCGCCCCGCACCUGUAGUGUCCUCCUUUUCGAAUCGAGGGCCUAACCCCUUUAACGGUAACAUAAUAAAGCCAGACGUUAUUGCACCCGGUUCGAACAUUCUCGCAGCUUGGCCAACUGAAGUUGGGCCGAGUCAUACAGGCACGGAUAAGACGUUCAUCAUGGUAAGUGGAACUUCGAUGGCCACACCUCAUGUUUCAGGGAUCGUAGCUCUUCUCAAGCACAAUCAUCGACAUUGGUCACCUGCCGCAAUUAAAUCAGCAAUCAUGACAACAGCCUACACGAAAGACCCAGAUGGUAAUCCGAUAAAAGAUCAAUACGAUGGUGAAAAUGCUGGAGUUUUCACGAUGGGAUCGGGCCAUGUGGAUCCCGUGGCAGCUAAUGAUCCGGGUCUGAUAUAUGACAAUGACCCGCACGAUUACAUCCGAUAUCUUUGUGGGAUGAAACUUACGGAUUCUGAGGUAUCAACAAUUGCUGGUGGCCCGAUUGUGUGUUCUCAAGUUCAAGCUAUUGAGCCUGAGCAAUUGAACUAUCCUUCGAUUUCGGUGUAUCUCGGGGCUAAAUUGGUAUCGAAGACUGUGAAUCGAAUGGUGACGAAUGUUGGUGAUGCUAACUCAGUUUACACGGUGAAGGUUGAUAAUCCAGAGGGAGUGGAUGUGGAUGUUGACCCUAUUACCCUUACAUUCAAUAAUGAAGGUGAAAAGCAAGAUUUUACUGUGACAUUGAGUAUUCAAGGAGUACCACCCAAAGUAGGCAAAGUUUCAGAAGGGCAACUGGUAUGGGAUUCUGGCAAGUAUUUUGUGAGGAGUCCUAUUGCAGUUACAUUCACCUGA